GCUUCCGGCGGAGCCUCAGUGAGUGGAUAACGGGCAACUCCGACCGCAGCCGCCAACCCCGACACCGCCCCCGACCUGUCCCCGUCACACCGACCCCGUCUCACCGACCCCGACCCCGGCCUCGGCCUCUUCACACCCCGGGGCCGCAGAAUUAUUCUGCUUCAAUGGCAACGUACUUGGAAUUCAUUCAGCAGAAUGAAGAGCGAGACGGAGUUCGGUUCAGCUGGAAUGUGUGGCCAUCUAGCCGGCUCGAAGCUACGCGCAUGGUGGUUCCUUUGGCUUGUCUCUUGACUCCUUUGAAAGAACGCCCGGAUUUACCACCAAUACAGUAUGAGCCUGUGCUGUGCAGCAGAGCGACCUGCAGGGCUGUUCUCAAUCCACUGUGUCAAAUCGACUACAGAGCAAAACUAUGGGCAUGUAAUUUUUGUUUCCAGAGGAACCAGUUUCCUCCAUCCUACUCGGGCAUUUCGGAAGUCAAUCAGCCAGCUGAACUCUUGCCACAGUUCUCGACGAUUGAGUACAUUGUACAGCGAGGAACAGCAACCCCUCUCAUCUUCCUGUAUGUCGUGGACACCUGUUUGGAGGAAGAUGAUCUUCAGGCCCUCAAAGAAUCUCUGCAGAUGUCGCUGAGCCUUCUUCCACCCAAUGCAUUGGUUGGACUCAUUACAUUUGGUCGAAUGGUCCAGGUCCAUGAGCUGAACUGUGAGGGGAUUUCCAAAAGUUAUGUCUUCAGAGGUACAAAGGAUCUGACUGCAAAACAAAUCCAGGAUAUGUUGGGUCUUACCAAGCCACCCGCACCAGUCCAAGGAAGGCCGCCUCAACCACAAGAACAUUCAAGCAUAUCCAGCAGGUUCCUGCAACCUGUUCAUAAGAUUGACAUGAAUCUGACAGACCUGCUGGGAGAGCUCCAGAGGGACCCAUGGCCCGUACCUCAGGGAAAAAGACCUUUACGAUCCACUGGUGUGGCCCUAUCCAUUGCUGUUGGUUUGCUGGAGGGGACCUUUCCUAAUGCAGGAGCAAGAAUAAUGUUGUUCACUGGAGGACCUCCGACUCAGGGACCAGGCAUGGUAGUGGGGGAUGAGCUUAAGACACCGAUUCGAUCCUGGCAUGAUAUUGAAAAAGACAAUGCUCGCUUCUUGAAGAAAGCAUCAAAGCACUAUGAGGCUCUAGCAAGCCGUGCAGCUGUAAAUGGUCACUGUCUUGAUAUUUACGCUUGUGCACUGGACCAGUCUGGUCUUUUGGAAAUGAAGUGCUGCUCUAAUCUCACUGGAGGUUACAUUGUGAUGGGUGACUCAUUCAACACUUCGCUGUUCAAGCAAACAUUCCAGAGGGUCUUCAGUAAAGACCUUCAGGGAGAGUUCAAAAUGGCCUUCGGAGCCACUGUGGAGGUGAAGACAACUAGGGAGUUGAAGAUUGCUGGAGCAAUUGGACCGUGCGUUACAAUGAACUCCAAAGGUCCUUCUGUCUCAGAGAACGAGCUUGGUAUAGGAGGUACAUGUCAGUGGAAGGUUUGUAACUUGGAUGCCUGCACAACUUUGGGGAUCUACUUUGAAGUCGUAAAUCAGCAUAAUGCACCAAUCCCUCAGGGUGGUCGUGGUGCUGUCCAGUUUGUUACCCAGUACCAGCAUUCCAGCACACAGCGACGCAUCCGUGUUACUACAGUGGCCAGGAACUGGGCCGAUGCACAAAGCCAGCUCCAGCACAUAGAAGCCUCGUUUGAUCAGGAAGCAUCUGCUGUGCUGAUGGCGAGACUGGGAGUGUUCCGGGCAGAGUCUGAAGAAGGCCCCGAUGUACUUCGUUGGUUGGACAGACAGCUAAUCCGCCUGUGUCAGAAGUUUGGACAGUUCCACAAGGAUGAUCCAAAUUCCUUCAGGCUGUCAGAAGCAUUUUCUCUUUACCCACAGUUUAUGUUCCACCUGAGGAGAUCACCCUUCCUUCAAGUUUUUAACAAUAGUCCAGAUGAAUCUUCGUAUUAUCGACAUCAUUUCAUGCGACAAGAUCUGACGCAGUCUCUUAUCAUGGUCCAACCCAUCCUGUACUCUUACUCAUUCUAUGGUCCACCUGAGCCAGUGCUUCUAGACAGUAGCAGCAUCCUACCAGAUCGAAUACUCCUCAUGGACACUUUCUUCCAGAUUGUUAUCUAUCAUGGAGAGACCAUAGCCCAGUGGCGGAAGGCUGGAUAUCAGGAAAUGGCGGAGUACGAGAAUUUCAAACAGCUCCUGCAAGCUCCUCUGGAUGAUGCGCAGGAAAUCCUUCAGACCCGCUUCCCAAUGCCACGCUAUGUUGAUACAGAACAUGGUGGCAGUCAGGCCCGAUUCCUUCUAUCAAAAGUGAAUCCAUCCCAGACUCACAACAACCUCUAUGCAUUUGGACAGGAAUCCGGAGCGCCCAUCUUGACAGAUGACGUCAGUCUUCAAGUCUUUAUGGACCAUCUGAAAAAGCUGGCUGUGUCUAGUGCAUCAUAAGUGCAGGUAUCUGAGACACGUGGGCACAGGCGGAUAGAAGUGUGCAGCAGAGAACAUGGGAAAUAGUUACGCAGUCACUUCAUGUUGCAAAAGAGCCUUCUAAUGAAUGUUGUCACCUGCUUCUGUUUAGUUUUCUUAGCAUUUGAUUUCUGUUUAACUCGUUCACCACGUAUGGCAUUCCUCGGGACAGAAAAUUGUUCCUCUCCGUUAUGAAAAGGGCCCUUGGUUUGAUUAUCCCAACCCCCUGGACAAAGAAACAUUAGGUUUCUUUUAAUUUAUCAUUCCUUCGAAUGUCUUUGUGUAGAUAACCAAGAAUAAAUCUGCUAAACACGCUCUUGUGUUAACUCUGUAAAAUGUAAUACAAUAUUUUUUUAGAGAAUUUUCUUCAAGCUGUUGGAAGUAAAAUGUUACUUGUUAAGUCACCUGUUUUUGAAGGUAACUAAACUUUUAAAACAUAGCAAAGGAUAUUAAGUUGAAGACCGAGGACUGAAAAAAGGUUGGAUGUAACUUCUCCAGUAUUUUGGAGCGAGAAUUUCCUGAUGUGAAAGUUAUAUAACUGUAAACAUGCAGCUAAAGCUAUCCGAUCCUUCGAGUUGGUAAUUGUGAGCUUGUUUAGGUUGUUUCUCUUCAUUUGUUGCACUUCUAGCUGUUUAUAUGCAGGCUUCAAUUUUUAUUAAUUCUCUCAAUACCUAAAAUAGUUUGAGCCUCUCUUCCUUAAGCUCUGAACUCCAGAUCUCCAUGUAAAGUAAGUUAGUGUCACAGCCUGCUGUAUAAGACCAAGAUCAGUCAAUAUUUUGCUGUAAUAAAUUUGUGAUUGAAAAGCUCAUGCAAAUAACACAC